AUGUCCUCGUUCGACAUCCCAGACCACGGGCUCAACACAAUGCUCCUCCCAGAGCUUCCCUCAGACCUCGUCCUUCCCCCCCUCCCACCCAUCGCAGACCCCCAGCUCGCACGACUGGCAGUCACCCACUCGAGCGCGCACCAGUUGCCGCGCCGGCCCACCAGCCUAGAGUUUGAGGCCGACGAAAAGGUCGAGGACUAUGAAAAGCUCGAGCAUGUCGGCGACAGCAUGCUCGGCUCGGUCGUGACUGGUCUCCUGCACGACCUCUUCCCCCUCCUCCGUCCCGGCCCGGCAACGAUGCUCAAGUCGCACCUGGUGUCCAACGCCACCCUGCGGCAGCUGUGUAUCCGCUACAAGAUCACCGACCAUAUCAUUGCGGCCCCUGUUCAGCUGCUUACGAUCAAGUCACAGGAGAAGCCAGUAGCGUCCAUCUUUGAGGCGUACAUCGCCGCCGUGUUCUACGACUACCUCACCAGCGACCUGCCCGGCGCAUACACUGCCGACAAUAUCGAGGUGGACGAUGACUGUGCGUCCUCCGAGACCACGGACGAGGUGUCCGUCACUGGUGCCACGGCCGACGAGGAACUCGAGGUCCCGAAGCGCAGCUUCAGCAGGCUGCGCGAGACGAGCGGGACGACCUCGGCGUCGGCGCCAUCUGGACCUCCCUCGACUGUCGACGCUGACGCGGGGUCCGACAUCGCCUCGACGAUCGGCACCGAGGCCCCACCGAUCCUCCACCCUCUGCGUCCCCUCCAGCUGCGCACACGUGGCGGUGCAUUCGACUACAUUGACGCCUGGCUCCGUCCUCUCUUCACGCCGAUCGCGCGCUGGGCGCUGGACCAGAUGGCGGCUGAUGCCCGCGUCGUCGUGCAGGAGGGCGAGCCGUCGACGGACCACGCGACGGUCGGCGCCCUGUCCCUCCUCCACAGCUGGGCGACCAAGGAGACGGGCCGCCUGCCGACGUACACGUCGCUCACGGACUCUGGCCCUCCCUGGGCGAUCGAGUGCAUCGCGGUCGACAAGAACGGCUCACAGGUGCGUGCUGACGCAACGCGCGAGACCAAGGGCGCGGCCAAGAACGUCGCGGCGUGGAAGGUCGCCCGGGCGCUGGGUCUCGAGGUGCCAGAGUAG